AACAAAUAUUUUUUUCUGUGUUUAGAUUUCUUAUUACAUGCGCUCUCACUAUUGGAUGAGCCAUUUCUGCCAUUUGUUUAGAAGGUAUGCAUUACAAUUUCCCGUUCAGUUGACACGAGGUUACAGAGACGUUCAUAAACAAAUAUUCGUGAUGUCGCAGGAGGAGGGGAAAAAUCGUAACAAGGUGUACAAAGUCGUGCUCACUGGCGGGCCAUGUGGAGGUAAAACCACAGGACAAGCCCGACUCAGUUCGUUUUUUGAGAGCAUGAACUGGAAGGUGUACCGAUUACCAGAAACAGCUUAUAUAUUCCUAAGUGGUGGUGUAAAAUUUUCUAGUCUGAAAAAAGAUGAAGCCUACCGGCUCCAAGAGAACCUUAUGAAAACAAUGAUGCAGAUCGAGGACACGUUUUUUGACCUGGCCAACAGUUGUGAACAGAAUUGUCUCCUCAUCUGUGAUCGGGGCCUCAUGGAUGCCUCGGCCUAUUUGGACCCUAAUGAUUGGGAAAAAAUGAAGAAGGAUAAUAAAUGGAAUCCUGUGCAGCUCCGUGACAAUCGAUACAAUCAAAUUAUACACAUGGUAUCGGCAGCCAAUGGGGCUGAAGCUUUCUACACGCUGGAUGGUCAUGUGACUCGUCAUGAAGGUCUGGAUGUUGCCCGGCAACUAGAUGAGAUCACGGCAGCAGCGUGGGUAGGUCACCCGUAUUAUGAUGUGAUCGACAACUGUACCGGAUUUGAAGAGAAAGUCAACAGAAUGAUAUCAACUGUGUGUAGUAGACUGGGUAUUGAGGUCAAUGACCGGUUAAGCUCCGAAAGUAAGAAGAGGAAAUUCCUCGUUACGUCUCUGGCUGAUGAAUCUAAAUUCCCAGGAUAUCAGGACUUCGACGUACAACACUACUACUUGUCCAGUCCCAGCAGAAAGACUCAGGCCAGAAUACGCAAACGGGGCCAGAAUGGGAGUUGGACUUACACUCACACAAUGAGACGGCAGGUUCAGGAGGCCAUGGUGGAAAUUCGCAUGUCAAUUUCAGAAAAAGACUUCAAUAUUCUGUUUGAACAACGUGACAACAAGCGAUGGCCCAUUUACAAGAAACGGAGAUGUUUUCUCUGGAACAAUCAAUACUUCCAUAUGGACAUAUACAAAGAACCAAGUCCUGAAAGGUGUAAAGGUCUGAUAAUUCUGGAAACUUACACAGCUUUGAAAGGAGAGGAUCUAGCACUGCCUGAUUUCCUGAACGUUGAGCGGGAAGUGACAGGCCUGAAUGAAUACUCCAUGUAUAAUCUCUCACUCAAAGUGGAAUAGCAGCCUAGCUUCUGGCGUAGUUCAGCUUUUACCUCUAUAGUUCCCAGUUGUACAGCCCUAACAGCCGGUGUAUAUCUGUAUUUUGUCUGUCUGGUUGUCUGUGUUGUUGGAUUUAUUUUUGUCUGUGUGAUUAGAAGGGCACACAUCCUUGUAGUAUGGUAUGUGCUGCCACCCAUCCCCCUCACCAUGGCAUUAGUUGAUACGAAUCAUGUCACACUGGAUUGACUGCAGAAAUCUCUCUGGGAAAUGAGGUUUUAUUUUUACUUUUCAUUUAUAUAUAUUUUUAUAUUCUCCUGUUUGAUUUUUGUAAUCCCCCCCCCCCCCCCCCCCCCCCCCCCCCCCCCCAUUUCUUAGACGUACAUUGGUACUCCUUGACUGUACAGCAAUCAUUGUUACCACAUUUAUUUUUUUUGAGCAUUACUCUUAACAUUAUUAGAAAGUAAAUGAAAAUGAAUUUAUCUCAUUGCUUUUUUGUAUGUUUCAAACCUGUUUUAUGAAGACUCUACUGCACAGAAUCUCAUUGAAAUGUCUCACGCUGUAUGUAACUGCAAUAGAACAGUAUCUAUAUAGUACCGAAUUUGUAGCUCAAGGGAAUGAGUUGUGAACAUUCCAACCGAUUUUGUUUUCAUGUGUUCUUCUAUACAUUCAGGUGAUCAAAUUAACAGUUGCUGAAGCAUUUCAGGAAAACCCCUUCCCCCUUUCCUAAUUCCCAGGGAGGGUGGAUGGGAUUCUGUGGCCAUUUUAAUAAAUAGUUUUAGUUUUAUGAUUAAGAUGAAAAUCAAAAGAUACCGUAAUUUUUUUCAUAAUAAUUCUUUUAUUCAUGUACAGUGUAUUCCAGAUAUAUUCAGGGGACUGACCUGAAUUGUUCAUUAUAACUGAUUUGAAUAAUGUAACUGGGGAUAUAUAUUUACUGCAGUAUAACAGAUAGUUCAAUAUAAGUGACUUCAAUAUAACAGAUAGUUCAAUAUAAGUGACUUCAAUAUAACAGAUAGUUCAAUAUAAGUGACUUCAAUAUAACAGAUAGUUCAAUAUAAAUUACUUCAGUAUAACAGAUAGUUCAAUAUAAGUGACUUCAGUAUAACAGAUAGUUCAAUAUAAGUGACUUCAGUAUAACAGAUAGUUCAAUAUAAAUUUUUUUAGUAUAACAGAUAGUUCAAUUUAAGUGACUUCAGUAUAACAGAUAGUUCAAUAUAAGUGACUUCAAUAUAACAGAUAGUUCAAUAUAAGUGACUUCAAUAUAACAGAUAGUUCAAUAUAACAGACAGUUCAAUAUAAAUUACUUCAAUAUAAGUGGAGUAGACUGUAUAUUUGAAUGAGCGAUAUUAAGGUAGCUUACUACAUCAAUACUUUUACAUUUUGUGCCACUACGGCACAAGAUGGCAAGUCUUAAGUAUUUGGGAAAUUACUUAUAUCAAUGGAUUUGCUUGUAUAUCUGCCUAGUUCAUUAGAUAAAGUUGGGUUACAGAGCCACAGUUUUCGAGUUCAAAUCUGCCAGUAGUGUUAUUCAUUAAAUAAAUUUUUGAAAAUCAUGUUUUUUUUUCUCCAAAAUUGCAUAUUUUGACCUGUGUACUUAUUGCAUAUUAUGAUUUCUUUCAUGAUUAAAUCAUUUCAUGCUGAUUUGAUAAAUAUUUUGAAGGUGUAGUGAGCCUCCAUAAGUAUUUACAUAUAGGUGAUAAAACUGGCAUUCUUACUCAGGGCAUAGUCACACUUAGUUGAGUAUAAGGUAGACACAAAAAAUUCAUCUUAGUUGUAAGGUUUUUUGUGUGAAAAUGGCCACAGGUUAGGGGGUUAGGGGUUGGAGUGUUGUGAAAUUGACAUUUUUAAAGUACUGACGGGCAUCUGCUUUGAAUAAUAUCUAUGUAGUUUUUCAUUCAUGUAACUUUUACCAUUGUAAUGGAAUGUUGCAUGAUGCUUACCAAUCUCCAUGGUAAUGCCCAUUUUAAACCACCAAACCAGAUUGUACCUGUAAAUUUCAUAACAAACGCAGUUACUUCCCUUGAAAGGUGUACAUUUCUUAAUCAGUUGUUGUAAUGAAGAGGAAAUUAGACACUGUGAAAAUGAAACCGACCAUGUGAUCAAUGAACAGAAGACAAGUACCCAAAACCAGAGUGUGAUGCAUCUAGAAUAUUUAGUUCUCCUAUGACAUGUAUUGUGUACUACAUUCUGUUUGCAUUCUAUGACAAUUUCUAGUCAAAUAUUUUAUCAGAAAUUAAUUAGGAUCGACUCUUAACGAAGAGUAUACUGUUACACUAUACCUGUUCCUAUUAGAAAUUCAUUGCUGGUCAUUUGUGAAUUCAUUGCUGGUCAUCUGUGAAUUUUAGUACUCUCAAUCCCCAGUGAACUCAAUCAUUGUAUGAUCAAAAACAAAUUUUUUUAGAAUGGUGCCAAAAAAUAUAAAUGCAUAUAAAGUGCUCAGAAUACCAAACCUAUUUUAACCUGAAUAUUAUUUAUGUAAGGUUUUUGCCCACACGAUGUAGAUUUGUGUUAUAGAACAUUGGUGAAUAAUUGUUUAGUUUGGCAGCUGUUGUUUUGAGUAGUUUAUAGUCUUUUAUGCAUUUCCCGUAUUGUGCUGUCAACAUUUAUUGUAGUUGUUAAGGUUCAAAAGGGUAUUACAAGGAGGACUGCUAGUCUUGGGAAAUCCAUGAAUAUGCGUGUUGUUUAGUACUGCUUUAUUUCAUUUUUAUCUUAUGUCAAGAUCUGUUUACAUCACAAAUCAGCCCGUGAUAUGUCAGUAUACUGCUUAAAAUAUUAUUCUAAUUAUGUACAAUAUAACACUGAACCCAACCACAUCCUGUGGAUUUGAUUGUCUCUUUAGUAUUGUAGAUCUAUGGACAAGCAUUAUCAAGUCUCCUGAGUAAACUCAGUUGACCUAUUGCAAUUGGUUAGAGCCCAUCGUCGUCUGUCGUGCGUUAACAAUUGAACAUUUUCAACUACUUGAUUACUACUCUUACAAUUCAAUUCAAAUUUGGCAUGAAGCAUCUUUGGAAUAAAGGUAACAUAAAUUUUAAAUUUCAGGACUCCUGCACCCCUGGCGCCUUAGGGGCAGGGCAAAAGCUUACCAACUUUCAGAAAUCUUCUCUAUAUGUAAAACAUUUAAAAAACAUCUUUAAAUUUAGUGCUAUUGAUACUGAACUGAAACUAAAUGGGUAUUUAGAAUGAGCAGGUAUUCCUUUACCAAAAUUGUAAAUUUCAUGAUCCCAGGGUUAGGGGUUUUGGUAUCAGGGUGGGUCCAAAACGGUCAGUGAUUAAAUGUGAUAACAAUUGAACAUUUUUCACUUCUUGAUAACUACCAAUACAUUUCAAAUUGGUAUGAUGCAUCUUUAGGACAAAGGGGACAUAAAUUGUAAAUUUCAGGACUCCUGCACCCUGGGGUCCUAGGGGCAGGGCAAAAAUUCAUCAAUUUUUAAAAAUCUUCUUCUCUACAUCCGCACAUCUUUAAGAAAAGCUAAAUGCAUAGUGAUGUAAGCAGAAAACCUAUACCAAUAAAUUUCAUGAUCCCCUGUGUAGAGGUUCUGACCUCAGGGCGGUAACAAACUUGGCAUAUACAUGUAUAGUGUAUAUGUGUAAAACAUUUAAAUAUAAAUCUCUUCUUUAAUGCUAUUGGUACUAAAUUGAAACUAAAAAAAAUAUUUAGAAAGAGUUGGUAGUCCUUUACCAAAUUGUAAAUACCAUGGUCCCAGGGGAUAAGGGUUUUGGUUUCAAGGUGGGGCUAGAAUUAUUAUUGUGAUUAUUAUCUUUAUCAUUUGAAAGACUUCUUUAAGUUGGCUGGUAUGGUAUAUAAACUAAAUACAUGUUUAGGAAAAACAGAAAAGGAUGUACCAAAAUAGUGAAUUUCACAACCCCAGGUUAUUGACUGAAGGAUGGGUCCAAAGUAGUCGUAUCAUAUUAAUGUUAGAUAUAUUAUGUAAAGUCUGUCAUUAGUAUAGGCACUUUUAGAGGCAUUUAAGUUGUUUUAUACUGUUGCUGAAUAUUAGAGUUUAUUUAAGAUGUGCAGAACAGGAAUUUUUAUCUCGAUUUCUUUGCCCUUGGGAGUAGUGAUACUUUCAACUAAUACUCAGGUGACUGAUGAGACCCAUGGGCCUUUUGUCAAAACAGUCUGUUGUAAAAUGAUUAAUUUUAGUGACCAGUGGAUCUUCAUCUUACAUGAAGUAAAUUUUAGAGUUACUGUAUUUGACUGAAAACUCUGUCCAGAGUAACAGUAGUAGUUUCAUCAGAUUAAAAAUUAGAUCUUUGAACACUCCUGGUUUUAUUUCGCUGUUGUCCUGACUUGUUAUACAAAUACACAUUGUUUGUGUUGAAUGUAGUGGAAAACGAUUAUUAUGCAAGAAAUCAUUCACAGAUUCUGACCAGAGCAUUGUAUCUAGAGCUUGUUCACGCUGCUAUUUUUAUGUAUCGCUGUUAAUGAAUGAACAUGUAAAUCCUUCUCAGGAGUUUACAGCUUGACCUUAGUAUAUUGGUUUUUGUUUGUUUUGUUUUUUUCAUUAAGAAAUGAAGACAAAAUCUCAAAUGUACACGCAUGAAAAUUUUAUUGUUUAAUGUCAAUAUAUUGUAAAAGGACUUAACCUUUUAAGAGUUAUUGUUACACAUCAAUACUCAUUUAUUUGAAUUGUUUAAUCAACUGUCAACAAUUGGGCUUGUGAAUGGUGCUCACUUCCUGUUGUUGUCAGGGACGACCACUGUCUGACCACAAGCUGUACAAAAAUAGAAGUGCUCCCACUCUUUUUCCUGUUGAGUUUUUAAAGUGCAUUUUGUUUAUCUGUUAAGAAAUCCAGAUUAUUGUUGUUGUAGAUAUUAGCGGGUUUGGGUUGCUAUCUGUUCCAGCCUGAGACACUUGUAGUUAUAUAUUUUCUUGUCUUUAACGUGUGAUCAAUUCUACAUAUUAAAGGGGUACUUUGUGUGACACUUUGUAAAAAUAAAUUGUAAGUCAUCAG